AUGGAAGGCCAGAACAAGAGAGACGCCUCAGAAGAGGCGAGAGGAACAGACGAUGAGGAUAAGAAGAGGAAGAAGCGGGUCAAGAAGGCUGUAGGAAAGGCGUGUGUCUAUUGUCGGCGGAGUCAUAUGGUCUGUGAAGGCGGACGACCAUGCGAGCGGUGUAUCAAGCGGAAUAUCCCUCAUCUCUGCCGAGACUUCACCCCUCCGCGCCAGCUCGAGCCGCCCCAUGGCCCACAGCCUCCACAGUCGCAGGCGCAAGUAAGGAGCGAGCCAGAUUCGUCAACCGCUAGCGGCUCUGCAAGCACCCAAAUGCCGCUGUACUCGGAUGCGAAUUUCCCUCCGUCCUGGCCGUUAUUGACGGAUGAUGGAGGGCAAGCGGGGUAUGGCGAGGUCAAGGGCGAUGGUGAAUGGGGGAAGGAGGACGACACUGAGCUUGGAGCUCUGAGCAAAUUUCUCGGCGACUUGGGCGUACCCAAUCUGCCCGGUGGCUUCCUCGACGUCCUCUCCUACUUCUCCAACAAAGGCGGAGCGAAUAAUCUCGCCGGUGUCCCCUUGCAGGGAUACAAUACCGGUACCGCCACACCUGACGCGCCGAUGCUGGGUCAAAUGGACGGGGAGGAUCAGCACCAGCUGGACCUCAUGGCUGGUCUCAACGAACGCUACUUCCUCGCUGCCGCCGACCAACCGUCCGGACCCCGUUCAUCCCGUCUAGCCCAGGUCAUCAAGGCGAAAUACGACGCCGGUCUCUUGAAACCGUACGACUACGUCAAGGGCUACGAGCGCAUGAAGGGAUGGAUGGAUUCUGGACGUGCCAAUCCGCGAGCGGAAUCCGUCCCCGCCAGCGCUCCCGGAUCACCACGACAAGGUGCGGGCGCUGCCGGCCGGGCGGGUAUGAAACCCCUCACGGCCGUCAACUCGUCAACGCCCCAAUCUGUCUCGGUCACGUCAAAAGGAAUCAGCGCGGACAGUCGCCGUCGGAUAUGGGCGGCGAUGAAUGGGUUCCGACCAAAGUUUCGGCAGAUCGCUAGAACGCUCGAUGAGGUGGAUCUGGUCUUUAUCGAAGAGGCGAUGGAGCGGUGGAUGUUGCAGUAUGAUCGGGCGUUUGCUUCGAUACAUACUCCUUCGUGUAUAUGGCGAAGGACGGGCGAGAUACAAAAGGCCAAUCAAGAGUUUGCGAAUCUGACGGGGAUCCCGGCGAGCAUGUUUAGGAAUGGACAGUUGUGCGUUUAUGAGUUGAUGGAUGAGGAUAGCGCGGUGAGGUAUUGGGAAGGGUAUGCGAAGAUUGCUUUCGACGCAGGCCAAAGAUCCCUCUACACCUCUUGCACCCUCAAGAUACCCACCUCACUCACCCGCCUUCCGCCACGACAACCCUUCUCCACCCCGCCCCUAUUCGGCCUACCCAAAACUGCCGCCCCAGGUCCAUCCGGUCUCUCCCACCCGUCCCUCAGCGCCGUACCGGAUCUAUCAUUACCCCAAUCUCUGAUCAAUACCGCUAAUGGCGCAGUGGGCGCUGGUGGGAUGGCGGCAAUGGGGUCGGCGGAGGUGUAUAGGGAGAUCAAGUGUUGUUUCUCGGUGACGAUUAGGAGGGAUGCUUGGGGGGUGCCGGUAGCGAUCAUGGGGCAGUGGAUUGUGAGUUAUCCGCGUCGUUGA